ACUUUGUGUUUUGAUCAAGAUUCCAGCAUCUGCAGUUCCUCGUGGCUACAUUAAUAUGAAUCAGAUGAUAACUGUGCUGUGCAGUUGCUGAAAUGGUGAAUAAAUGAUGGAUGUGGCAGGAGCAAGGCUGUUAUCUCCGAACCCUUUCCUCAGUGAGAAGCGCUGGAGUACCUGGUAAUGCCAGAAUACAGGAGUCCAACCGUACAACAUAUGGUAGAGUACCCUGUAUCAGCAGGGCCCGCAGUAAUGCCUGCAGGACACAGAUCAGUAAACCGUGCUUUCUCUGGGCUACACGGUUGCUCAGCUCUGAACUCUUUCACAUGACAGCAACGCAUCAAACCACAACCUCCUACACCUGCACUUCGUGGUAACACUGGUGAUUUCGCACGGCUGGGUUAGAGACAUACCGACGGCAUCGGGAUUGGCCUGGCAGCUGAGAACAUCAGUCUCAUUAUCAUGGCGCACAUGAAGUCAACAGAUUCCAGAAAUUUUGACUCGGAGUUGCUGAGAUCUGUGAAUGAAUACCGGAAGAGGCACGGAGCAGAAGCGCUGGUCCUGAACCCAAGCGUCAGUGAGAAGGCGGAGAAAUGGGCAGCGCAUCUGGUGAAGUCCAGGACACUGAAGCACAGCGACACACAGCUUGGGGAGAAUAUCUGGUGUCAGCAAGGCUCGGUCAGUCGGCCAGUCACAGGGCAAGAGGUUGUGGAUUUAUGGUACAAUGAAAUUGAGAAAUAUGACUUCUCCUCUCCCGGAUUUCAGAAGAAUUGUGGUCACUUCACACAGCUGGUCUGGAGGGACACCAAGGAGAUGGGCGUUGGUCUGGCAUCUGACGGCAAAGGUCUCACCGUCGUGGUGGCUCAGUUCGACCCGGCCGGUAACAUCACCAAUCCGGGCUACUUUGCUAAAAAUGUCCUGCCCGCUGGCAGCAAGAAGGAGGAAACACCAGUAAAACAGCGCACCGGGAAUGCCAGCAAACCUGAUUCACCAGCAACAAGCCAGCGACCACCAGGUGAAGAUUCUAGAAGUUUUGCCAUACAGUUGCUGAACGCUGUGAACGUCUACCGGGUGCAGCACGGCACGCGACCUUUAACCCUGAACUCGCAAAUCUGCAAGAACGCAGAGAAAUGGGCGGAGCAUCUCGUCACCUCCAGAAAGUUGCAGCACAGUGACACCUCGUAUGGAGAGAACAUCUGGUGUCAGCAAGGCCCUGGAGGUGUGCUGGUCGCAGGGCAACAAGUUGUUGAUUCCUGGUACAAUGAAAUUAAAGAUUAUGACUUCUCCAAACCUGGAUUUCAGAAAAACUGUGGUCAUUUCACACAGCUGGUCUGGGGAGACUCCAAGGAGAUGGGCAUUGGCCUGGCAACUGAUGGCAAAGGUCUCACCGUCGUGGUGGCUCAAUUUGACCCGGCCGGUAACAUCACCAAUCCGGGCUACUUUGCUAAAAAUGUCCUGCCCGCUGGCAGCAAGGAGGAGAAGGGUGAGACUGCCCACAGAGAGAAUGUUAGAGGACCUGAGGCACCAACUGGAACAGGAAAAGCCUCUGGAAAUGUUCCCAAACAGUUGCUGGAAUCUGUGAAUGAACAUCGGGCGAGCCACGGAGCGCGGCCCCUCACUCUGAGCCCCGCGAUCAGUAAAAAUGCUGAGAAAUGGGCAGAGCAUCUGGUGGCAUCCAGAACAAUGCAGCAUAGUGACACACCGCACGGAGAGAACAUCUGGUAUCAGCAGGGCCCUGCAGGGCUGCAGGUCACAGGACAGGACGUUGCUGACUACUGGUACAAUGAAAUAAAAACAUAUGAUUUUUCUUCUCCUGGAUUUCAGAAGAAUUGUGGUCAUUUCACACAGCUGGUCUGGAGAGACUCCAAGGAGAUGGGAGUUGGCCUGGCAUCUGACGGCAAAGGUCUCACUGUCGUGGUUGCACAGUUCGACCCGGCCGGUAACAUCACCAAUCCAGGCUACUUUGAUAAAAAUGUCUUGCCCACUGGCAGUAAGAUGGAGAAGGGUGAGACCGCCCACAGGGAGAAUGUCAAUAAAUCACGCACUCCAGAAAGAAGUAACAUGGCAGCAACUUCAGAUAAUGAAAAUAAUGCUUUUAUCGCUGAGUUGCUUAAAGAGCACAACUCUUUACGAGCCCGACACCAGUCACCUCCGCUCCAGGUUAACCCUGAACUCUCUGCAGAAGCACAGAAAUGGGCUGAGCAUCUUGUCACUAUCAAAACCCUCCAGCACAGUGACACAAAGUAUGGGGAAAACAUCUGGUUCAAAUGGAGCAGCAACAAAGCGACACCUACAGGGGCAGAUGCGAGUGAAUCGUGGUACAAUGAAAUCAAGAAAUAUGACUUCAAAUCUCCCGGAUUUCACAGUGAGACAGGGCACUUCACCCAGCUGGUGUGGAAGGCAUCAAGAGAGUUGGGCGUGGGUUAUGCGACGGAUGGAAAAGGCAUGUUCUUUGUGGUGGCAGUCUACAAUCCACCAGGGAACAUCACAAAUCCUGGCUGCUUCAAGGAAAAUGUUUUACCACGCAGUAAAUAAUGACCAAGGCGGUUGAGUGUGGCACUUGUCAAAUGCAGCUGUCCUAAAAAAAGCACAAAUAAUGUAAUUUGAGAUUUAAUGAAUGCUUUAAGUAGAAUUUAUUUCCAGGAUUUGAUUGGCUUUCGCUAU